UGCAGGUGUGCAGAAGAGGUGACCCGGCUGCGGCGGCCGUAGAAAGGAGGAGAGGAGUGACCGCUGUCAGGAUGGCAGCGGAUGAAAGCUCACAGGACACCUUGCGGCGCCAGUUCAAGGCUAUGCAGGAGAUGCAGCACAAAAGGCUGCAGGAGCAGAUGGAGAAGAGGAAGGAGAAGGAACUGAGCCUCAAAAGCCGAGCUGGUGAGCAGCAGGAGUCCUUGGAGAUUGCCAGUGGCCUCAGCCUUCUGCAGGCUGGGGAGCAAAACUUGAAAAACAGCUUUGAGCAGAGGGUGCUUGAAGAUGAGAUUGAACAGCUUCGAGAUCAGCUCAGGGAAACAGUGGAUGAGAACGGGCGAUUGUAUAAGUUACUGAAGGAAAGGGACUUUGAAAUCAAACACCUCAAAAAGAAAAUAGAAGAGGACAGAUUUGCCUUCACAGGGACGGCCGGUGUAGCCGGGGAUGUGAUUGCCACCAAAAUUGUCGAGCUGUCGAAAAGGAACCGGGUGCUGAUGGCAGAAUCAGAGGGCGCGAAAACCAGAGUAAAGCAGCUGACCAAACGCAUCCAGGAGCUGGAGCAGGAACUGCAGGCGGCUCCGGCCAGGCUGCCGGCCAAGGGUGCUGCCGAAGCAGGAGCCAAGUCGCCGAAGGCCCACAUGGGAGACCGGACUCUGCCAGAGACCCCGGUGGUGAAGGUCUUGCAGGACAGGCUGGCGGCCACCAACCUGAAGAUGAGUGACCUCCGCAACCAGAUCCAGGCCGUGAAGCAGGAGCUCCGGAUGGCCCAGAAGGUACUGGUCAGCGAGGUCGGGGAAGAUGUGAAUGUCCAGCAGCUCCUGUCCUCGCCGGGGUCCUGGAGGGGUCGUGCUCAACAAAUUCUCGUGUUACAGAGCAAGGUCCGAGAGCUUGAGAAGCAGCUGGGACAGACCCGGAGCCGGUCUACAGGCGCCAUCAGUGACGAGCUGUCCAUCUACCCAGACACAAGGAAGCUGUCAGCACAAGAGAAAAACCUACUGAGGAUCCGCGCGCUGGAAAGGGAAAAACAGGAAGGCUGGGAGAAACUUGCAGGUGAGCGUGACGCCCUGCAGAGAGAGCUGGAAGAACUGAAGAAGAAGUUUGAGGGUGUGAAGUCCCGGAACAAGGUGCUAUCAAGCGAUGUGAAGACCCUCAGGAGUCAGAUGAGCACCCUAGUGGAGAAGGGCAGGCACGAUGAUGAGCUCAUCGAUGCCCUCAUGGACCAGCUGAAGCAGCUCCAGGAGAUCCUGGCUGGCCUGAGUCUGCAGGAGGAAAAGGCUCGAGCAUCCCAGCACCGCCUGGACCAGCAGCUCAACAAUGAGGCCCAGAGGAGCAGCAGCCUUGUGGCCCAGCUGCGGGCCAUGGUCGCUGAGCGGGAGGCCAAGGUGCGGCAGCUGGAGCUGGAGAUCGGGCAGCUCAGUGUGCAGUAUCUUCGAAAUAAAGGAGCCGGUGAGGGGUCCCGCGGGCCAGAGGUCAACCCCACCUACACCAAGUUCCCGGAGGACCAGGGCCUGGUCAAGACCCCGGCCUCGGCCGGCGAUCAGGCUGACAGGCUCGGAUCUUCUCGCUCCGUGACCAACCUGGGCCACAUGCUGGUGGAAUCUGCUCUCACGUGGCCUUCCCUGCCCAGUCCUCACAGGGCCUCACCCAGGUUCUCGGACUCCCCUGAACAAAAAGGCUGGCAGGCUCAGGUGACAGAGUUCAAGGCCCUCUGGCAGGCCACCGAGGUGGAGCGCGACCGGCUCACCGAGUUUGUCACUGUCCUGCAGAAACGGGUGGAGGAGACCAACAGCAAGCUCUUGGAGUCUGAGCGGAAGCUGCAGAAGGAGCGGCAGCGCUCCGUGGUGCUGGAGCAACACCUGGAGAAGCUGCGCUUGGAGCCCGGGAGGACGGCAGCCUCGCAGAGGGCAGCCCCCAGGAGCAAAACAGGUCCUCCCACCAUCACCAGGCACAACCCACACGCGGGCGAGAGAAAGGACCCGGCCUCCAGCCAGCUCUCCAACGUGCCUGUGGAGUCCCAGGUGGAGGAGCUCACCACCAGGCUGGCCAUCCAGGCGGAGGAGAACGAAAUGCUGAAGGCUGCCCUGGGCAGUGCCCUGCAGGGGAAGGAGGAGGACUUCCGGAUGUACCACGAGACCCUGGGCCAGGUGAAAGGGGUCUUCCUGCAGGCCCUGCGGCAGCAGAAGGUGGACAAGCGCUAGGACGCACAGCAGGGCGGGCAGCCUCGGGCUCGGAGGACCGGGUUCUAAGGACCCAGCUGCCCCCAAGGCCAGCCUGGGCAGAAGGGGCUCCUGGAGCAAGGCCAGAGCUGACAUGCCAUGCUGGAGGGCUAAGAAGUCCUGAGCGAGCCCAGGAGGAGGCCCCAGGUGGGCGUGGCUGCGAUUGGGGAGGAGGCCCUGCGGCAGCACGGAGUCAGGGAGCCCCUGGACGGCACACCGUGAAUGGACACAUGCAGCCCUCGGACAGGCACUCCUGGCUCUGACCGAGGCCAGGCUGGGCCCCCCUGCGAGCCCACACAGCUCCACGGGCGCAAGGUAACUUUGGUGCUCUGGGCUGGGAGCAUCGCCAGGCCUUCCAGCCCCAUUCUGGCCCCUCACUGGGGCAUCGCCCUGCCCCCUCGCCCCCCCCCAGCUCCACGUGUGGCUGCCCCCACACUCUGCAGACUUCGGGGGGCUCCCAGCUCCCAGCUUUCUUGUCGACCCAUUCCUCAGGUCUCUCCUUCAGAUGCAGCCCUCAGAAUUGCAAUAAUAAUGAUUUUUCUCAGUCA